AUGGGUAUAGAAGAGCAGGCGAAACUUGGAAUAGAGAAAGAUGUGACUAAGGGAUUAGUGCAAACAUUCACCAGGAACGGUAUUGAAAUAGAAAUACAAGGCUAUGCUGGGGAUGAGGUGACAAGAGAUGAUGAUGAAGAUGAUGAAGAAGAUGGUGGUUUACCGUUUACUAGUGAUCACCACGAAAGCAGGCCUCAGCUUUUUUCGAUUGCGAAUAGUAACGGGUCUUCCAGCAAAGAUAAUAGUACAGGAGAUAAUAGUAGCUUAUCCAAAAUCGACGAGACUCUUGAAACUACCAUUAUCACCGAGAUUCAACAAGCACAAUAUAUUUGUCUUGUAUGUACAGGGGAAAUCGACAAGAACUCAAAAAUAUGGAGCUGUCAAGAAUGUUUUCGAGUCUACGAUUUAGAGUGUAUUAAGGAUUGGGCGAUACGAGGGUCGUCUACUAACAAAUUGAACAAAACAUGGAGGUGCCCCAGUUGCAAUUAUGAAACUAAGAAAUUACCUGCAAAGUUUACGUGCUGGUGUGGUAAAGUUAAGAAUCCGGAAAUAAAUCCAUUGAUGCCCUUUAGCUGCGGCAAUUUGUGUAACUACAAGUAUAGCGAUUGUAUUCAUCGAUGCUUGAAUACUUGUCAUCCGGGAAAACAUCCUGUAUGUGGUGCUACGGGUCCAAUGAUGAAAUGUCAAUGUGGUAAAGAGAAGAGACAAGUACCCUGUAUAAUAACACCCUACAAAAAGGGCUGGAAAUGUGAAGCGGAAUGUGGCAAGGCUUUGUGUGACUUGAAACACAAAUGUAAAAAAGGGUGCCAUAGUGGAUCAUGUGGCAAGUGCGUGAAAAAAGUGGAUUACAAGUGUUAUUGCGGCGACACUAAGUUGCGUGGAAAAUGCAGCAAGAGAGUUCCCUUGGAAUGCGUUGGUAGAAACGGCAAAAAAUGGAUUGGCGGAGGAUCAUGUGGUAAACGGAAAAAGUAUUAUUAUGAUUGUGGCCAACAUUAUGAAGUUUUAGAAUGUCAACCGCUAGGGGCCAAAGCCCAAGUCUCUAAAUGUAAAUUUUCACCGGAUAUUGUCUCGAGUUGCUAUUGUGGCAAGAGUAGAAUCAGUACACAAGGCCGCAGUAAAUGUACCGAUCCUAUACCUGAGUGUGAAAAUGUUUGUGGUAAGCUAUUGCCAUGUGGUUGUUAUUGUAAAUUUAAAUGCCAUCCCGGUGAAUGUGAAUGUGUUUCCAUUUUUCCAAUCACUUGCUCAUGUGGCUAUGAACAAUUCUCGGCUCCUUGCAAGUAUGUCCAACUGAAUCAACAACCAAAAUGCCACCAUAAAUGUUCUGUUUUGUUAAGUUGCAGAAAACAUUACCACCGUAAAGAAUGUUGUGAAUAUGAACAAGUUGCGUUGGAGAGAGAAAGGGCUAAAAAGAAAGCAUUAAGAAACAAUUUGAUAGCUAGUGGUCGAGAUGAUAUUAUGUCAAUCGAAGCUGUUCAUAUUUGUACGCAGACUUGCAAUAGACUAAAAUCAUGCGGUGUCCACGAAUGUCAAGCAAUGUGUCAUGCUGGACCAUGUGAAGUUUGUCUUGAAUCUACAAAUGAGGAUUUAAUAUGUAAUUGUGGAAAGACAGUGAUACCAGCUCCAGUUAGGUGUGGUACUGAGUUAGUAUGCCAUGAGCAAUGUGUGAGACCGAAGGAGUGUGGGCAUCGGCAGGAAGCUCAUGAAUGCCAUCCAGAUAGCAUAAAGUGUCCCAAAUGUACUACAAUUGUGAAGAAACCGUGUGACUGUGGUGCAAGGAAUGAUUUACCGGGAAUCAUGUGCUCUCAAGAAAGAGUAAGUUGCGGUAAAAUGUGUUCAGUUUUUAAAGAGUGUGGUCAUCCUUGUUUACGUACUUGUUCACCUAAAUGUACCAAAGAAAAUGAUCAUAUCAGCCCUAGAGAAUGUCAAAGUAUUUGUCAAAAAGUGAGAAAGAGUUGCCCGCACACAUGCAAGUUAAAGUGUCACUUUGUUAAAGUUGGUAAGAGCCCAAAUUGCGAUGUUCUCAAGUGCAACGAAAUUGUUACUGUAUCAUGCAGCUGUGGCAAUUUGAAAAGAAAAGUUAAAUGUGGGGCUUCAGUGAAUAACCCAAGCUCAAUUUACAAUAUUCUUGAAUGUGACGAAUCAUGUACUGCAGCUAAACGUGAUGCGCAAUUACGAAGCGCAUUUGCAAUUGGUAUUAGCAAUAGUGACACUAUAGAUAAUGAAGCAGCAUACACUGAUUUUGUUGUUGAAACUUAUUACAAGCAAAAGAAAUGGUGUAGCAAGAUUGAAGAUGUCAUAAGAACUUUUAUUGGGGAGUACAAUUUACAAAUUGAGAAUGGAGUAGAAUUACCAAAGAGAACUUAUCAUUUCCCUGCAAUGGUUUCACUUCAGAGACAAUUUGUUCAUGAGUUGAGUCAAGCAUUUAGUUUGUAUACUGAAUCGCAAGAUUCUGAACCCAAGAGAUCGGUGUUUGUUGUUAUUACUAGGUUGACUAAACUUCCCGCAAUCACCAUAAAAGAAUACGUUGAAAUGAUAAAAGAACAGGAGCAAAAUAAAGCUAGGGAGUUAACACAAGAAGAGAUUGAUAUGGCAUUUUAUAAUGCCAUUGUUAUUCGAGAUUUAUUUUUUGGUGUGAACAAGGAAGAUCUCGAGAAAGAGUUAUUGAAAAAACAAGAAGCAAUGGAUGGCUUUGUUAUCCAAUGGAUUAAAGACUCUACUUUUGUGCUUUAUAAUCAAGAGAAAUAUAAAAUUGGUAGUACUGAUGUUGCGUUGGAAAAUCAAUUGUCCAUUAUGCUGAACCAAUUUGGAAAAAUUUUGAGAGAGAAAUCGUUAGCUUUUGACUGUAAAUUAUGCUUUAUUGAUGAUGGUGGUAGUUUCAUUUUAAAAACGGAGAAGAAAAAGACAACAAAUGUUUCUUCUAAUGUUGAAACUAAGAUGAGUAGGGAUAAAAAUGUUUUCAAUGUUUUACAGAAUGACAAAUUAUUGAUACAAUCAUGA